UGUUUUUCUUUCUUUUUCUUUCUUUUUUUUUAAACCCUACUAUUCAUUCUUGGUCAUUUUGCUUUCUUUACCAUACUAUUAUUUAUUUUAAAUAAGACUGAGAAUUAAUAAAUAUUUCAAGUCAAUAAAUUCAUUCUCAUCCCCCCCAUUUAUUGUCAUCUUUCUUCCACUUUAUUUUUAUUUUUUAGAUUCAGAUUCAACUUUAUUGUCAUUGCACAUGAAAGGUACAAGGCAACGAAAUGCAUAAGUAAAUUUAUGCACACCUCUUGCAUUUUUCAGUAAGUUAGCUUGCAUCAUAAUAAUGAAUAUUAGUAACAAGUGUUGAGCAUUGUACAAAAUUGACUUUACAUGAAUUUUCAUGUCAGCAAUUGAUAAACUUGUAUAUCAAUAGCUGUACUGUUGUGAUUGCAAGAAAAUAUGGUAGUUUAAUUAUGUGUGGUCUCCUGAUGGGCGUCCCAACUUCUGUCAGCUGGAACACCACAGGCUGUGCCUCAUCGACAAGCACUGUAUCCUUGACAGUCCACUGAAGACACAUUUGUAUCCUGGCAACUGGCAGUUUAUCCUCAGCGGGGGGCUCUACAAGUCAGGCAUUCGGUGGAUGGAUGGUCAUUAGACAGGAACUCUGAAUACCUUGUUAUUUGAUGUUUGUCAGUAUGCGCGGUGAGUAUUAUUGCAGUCUGAUUUGAUGUUGGCUUCAAAAUCAAGUGAAUUGUGAUGUAAAAGAAUGAUUUUUUUUUUCCACCUAGCUCUUUUUAUUUUUGUGGUGUUCCAGUGCAUACGUGAGGCAUGGUUUCAGUCCUCCUGUAUAUACACAGAAACGGACUAUGUUUGCAAAGAGAUACCAAAAGAUUAUCCUGCUGGCUUGACCUCUGUGAUUUUCUUUAUGAGUGGUUUAGGAGAAAUCGGCUUGUCUAUGUUUAACAGCACCAAUCUGACCUCUGUGAACAGUCUGACUAUGGCAUACCAAGGCAUCACAGUAAUAGGACCGCAGACCUUCGACAAGUUUCAAAACCUCAAAACUCUCAAUUUGGACCACAAUGAUCUAUCCCAAGUCUCGUCAGACUGGUUCAGCCAUCAGGGUACACUUGAGACACUUAGACUGUCAAAUAAUAAAAUCACUACACUGGAUCAUAAUUCUCUUGAUGGGCUGCCAAACCUGCUCACCCUAGACUUGUCUCAGAACCAGAUUCACUACAUAACCCCAAGCAGUUUUCUUGGUCUCAGUAAACUGAGGCAGUUAGACCUUUCCAACAACAAACUGACACAUUUGAGUAUGGAUGUGUUUCUUACACUUAACGGCACAAAGAUCCAUUUGGACAAAAAUCCUUGGGACUGCUCCUGCUCUGUGAACGACUUUGCCAAAUACCUUAGAGGUCUGCAGAAUGCUUCUCUUCUGCAGAACGAGAUGGAGGUGUGCUGUAAUAGCCCUCCUGAUUUGAAAGGUAAGCCAGUAUGGCAGGUCCCAGAGUGUAAAACCUUCACAACCAUGAGCCCUACCACUGUGAGCCUGACCACUGGAAGUCCUGGCACCAGGAACCCUGCCACUGUAAUAAUAACCAAACCUAUUAGAAUCGGACACUCAACUUUAAUCAUUUUAAUUGUGGUACUGUGUGCCCUGGUGCUUGUCAUCUGUGUCCUUUCAGUGUUGUAUCACAGGAAACGAGAGAGGAAACAUCUACAGGCUGUAAAACCUGCUUCAGAGAAAUCCGAAAUUAUACAAACCAGUGAAUCAACUGCAAAGAGCAAUGGAGAAGAAAACAGAAAAAUGAAAUCUGAAAUUGCUAAUAAAACACACAUUGCCACAACAGAGAUGUUAAUGAGGACACAACAAAUGAUGGUUGGAGAUGAGAAGACAUCACAGAUUUACCAUAUUUAUUCAUCAGGGACAUAUGAAACCAGAGAACCUAUUAAACGAGUGAGAUCUGCUGGGCCGGUCCUGUGCAGGAUGGAGAUAUUUUCUAAAGUGACAGAAGCAGAAGUGGCCACUGAGGAAGAUGGGGUAAGGAAUGAUGAGUAUUACAAUGGAUGGAUGACCUCAGAAAAAGAAAAGGACAAUUUAUGUGUGAACACUGAGGAGGUGGAAGAUGGAAGAAAUGCUGCAGAUGAGGAGAGUGAUGGAUUCAUUGAUGAGGUCAGUAACACCACAGACACCGUGAACUCACACAAGGAACUUAGAGAGAAAAAAGAAGAUACUGAUGUGAGCAUUCAAGAUGGAACAAGUGUAAACCAAGACGUUCUUCAGCAUUUUGUGGAGAAUGAUGUGUUGGUUCACCUCAAUGAGUUGACCACUGAAGCAGGAAGCAGUGAAGAUAUUCUCCAGGUAAAACAUGUCACAUCCCAGUCUGAGGAGACUGCUGAAAACCUGCCAUACCUCUCAAUCGGUGCUGAACCGGAAAACCAGACGUCUGGGGUUGAUCAGAAUACUGCUAAAGGAACAUCUGGACCUUCAAGACCCAUUUGGCGGGUACUGACCUGGCCUCCGACUGCGGCCCAGUGGAAGAAGCAGUGGGCUCAAAAUCAACAAGUGCUUAAUGUGUUCCCUCAACUAAUAUUUGUAACCGGUUGCAGGCAUGACAUCAGACCAUUUCAUCCUUGCAUUUCUCCUGCAGUCCUCCCAACUGCUCCACAGUUCAAUGCACGGGAGUUUCUGCCAGAAAUAACGUCCCCAAUAGAAGAUGUCCGGGUCACUAUUGAUGAGGACACUUACAGGGCAAGUUUUGAGUCAUCCAAUCAUAAAGUCCUGCAUUUGAGUGCACAGGAAUGCUUUUCUGAUUCUAAUAUAUCACCAAGGGAGGAUGGCAGAAUUAAUACAAAUGGGGAAACUUGGAGGUCAGGUCUCGAGUCGACCAUCUUUUCUGAUUUUCGAGACUUGUCCUCCAAGAACUCCCAGAUUGAUGAAAGCGAGGUCUGCUCUGAAUUGUUCAGCAUUUGUAAUCCCUCAUUUGGUGGCAGCAAGUCAAAGCCUGCUGCUGGAGAGGAGAUCAACAACAAAGAUGAUAAGAAAAUACAGAGCAUGAAAAGAAAGACGCACAGAGUUCACCAAAGUGAGCAGGUAGCAUCAGAAUUGCAGAAGCAGUCCAGGAGAGCGGAGAAAGCUGCACGGAGAGCUCACAGAGAUCGACGAGAGGGUCAGAUGUGUGAAGGCUCUGACUUGAGAGUGCCCCCUUCGGGAGGUUCUCCAAAAGAUGACAGUCUGUUGCUGGGGAAUGAGUAUACCUUUAUAGACCUGCUACAUGAGGUGGUGGAAAAUCAUGGGCGCUGGACUCGAGAAAGGUGGAGAAAAACACAAAAAAACAAACACAAGCUCAAACAGAGUCGUUAGGUGUCAGAUGUUACAAAUUAUAUGUAUGUAUGUGUGUUUAAUUGUUUCGUGUGUGUGUGUUGUGGUGUCUAUGCCACAAAUGUAAAAAGAAAAUUAAUUUAAAAUAUAAAAACAAAAAUGAAAGAUUAUUAAAUACAUCUCAAAAUAAUCAGUUCUUCAGCUCCGUGAAACCUGCAAAACACUGUAAAAUGUGAUAUGUAAAAAUGAACAUGGUAUGUACAGUAUUUUCUAUAACAGACUCGUACAGACAUUUGGUUUCACAAUUGACAGAUUUUUACUGCAUUAUUAAAUGCUAAAUAAAAUCUAUCCAUUUACACAUCAACAAAGUAUCAAAGUGUCUAUUGGUAGGAAAAUACUGGCACAUUUUUCUGGCUGCGUGCAGCAUUUAUUGAUUCAUUCUUACAUGUUAGUACAGACUUCAUUUAAGAAAUUGUACAAAAUGUAUAAGUUCAUGUAUUAAGCACAAUCCAAAAACAGGAGCCAGCAACUGUAAACAUGGGUCUCUGACACAUUUGGCAAGAUAAGGACAUGCAUGGUCCAUGUUUUUCUAAAACUACUGAAAAAAAUAACAGAAAUUUUGUAAAUCACAGCAGCUUUGAUCAGCUGAUCAAGAUAUAGGUUUUAAAUCUUAGGGAUCUAGUAAAAUAGAAGAAUCUCCAGGCUGAUAUUUUUAACAUGCACAUUAUGCAUAUCCUUUCCAAUUAUGGCUGGAAAUUUAAGAAAACAUU